AUGAGCGAUCCUAAUAUUACACCCACCAAAAAGCUCACAAAACGUCAAAAGAAAACGAAUGCUUUUCGUGACAAGAAAAAAGCAAAACUUGAUAAUAGCGAACAAAAUUCAUUGAUAGCCCAUAGUCAAAACAAAGAUGAGGCUCAAGCAUCCGAUACGCCGACAAAAAGUAAAGAAAGGAAUAAUAGCAACGAUAAAAACCUGGUAAAACUUGAAAAAUUCGCGACAAAAGAUGAUACUACCGACUAUAAUAAUGGAAGUCAAUUUGAGAAAGAAGAGACUAAUCAAAACACUAAGCGAAUUAAUAAAAAUACGGAAAAGAAAUCUCGGUACAUUGUUUUUGUAGCAAAUUUGCCGUACUCUGCAACCAAAGAAGAAAUUAACAAACACUUUGAAACUAAUGGUGCGACUCCAAUUUCAAUACGUCUUAUUACCGACAAGAUGACAGAGAAGCCAAAAGGAUUCGCCUUUGUUGAAUUCGAAGACUCUAUCACGAUGGAAUAUGCACUUGGUUUUCAUAAUACCGUCUUCAAAAAUAAACAGAUCAGAGUGGAAUUGACAUCUGGUGGUGGAGGAAAUAAAAGUGAAUUUCGUCGUAAAAAGAUCGAGGAAAAAAACAAAAAAUUAGAAGAGGAGCGGCGUAAACUGCACGAAAAAAACAAAAAGAUUUCGUCUGAAACUGGAGGCUCAAGUGGAACUCGAGAGUCGAAAAAUAAAUUGAUCAAUAGUGACGAUAUAGAUGCAAAUGUUGAAUAUCACGGCAUUGAAGAUAUUGGUCGGAAAAAGCGUCGCGAGGCAAAUCAUAGAAAUAUCGAUAAGCAACAACAAAAAAAGCCCAAGAAAAAUUUUAUCAAAUCAUCUGAACAAAGAAUUAGUAAACCGCGAAAUGUAGAGGGUGCUAAUGCAAUAAACCCUUUUAGAAAAAUGAGAAAAUUUGGUAGCGAUAGUUAA